AAGAAACACGAUAAAUAGAUGAACUUUGAAAAAGCAUGAAGGCAUCUGGUUGUCAAGUUCCAGCCAGUGGAAGCGCGCCGGAUCCAGAAGCAACGACAGGAUGAACUGAGACAUUGCGCGCAAGAGUUUUGCCACAGGCGUAAAGGUCUGACCUCGGUGGAGAUGAUUUCUGAGACGGACAGCUUGGUGAGGAUGUAUCAAUGAAGAAUGUGACCGCGCCUGACUGUCUCCAAACGGGGUGGAUGAAGGAGCCGUCGGCGGUGUCAUGCGUCUUGCCCCGCAGCCAAGCGCGCAACCCUUGCGGCUCUUAGUUCUGCUCCUCUUCACCGCGGGGCUGAGCGCGUCCCCGGUGCUCUCCUCGGGCUGCCCGGACAGGUGUGUGUGUGACGACCAGCUGGUGGUUCAAUGCGCUGGGCAGCACCUGACCACCUUUCCGGUCAACUUGCCGCUUGCCACCCGGCAGCUCAUCAUCUCCAACAACCGCAUCGUGGAGCUGCCGCCGCUUGCGCUCAACUACCUCUCCGACCUGGUGUACCUGGACUGCAGCAACAACUCCCUUACGGAGAUAUCCGAGUCCACGUUUGGGAAUCUACGGAAGCUGGCCUACCUGGACCUCUCCUUCAACACUUUGAUCCGGAUCGAGGACAGGACGUUCGGACCCCUGGCGAGCCUGGUGAUGCUCAGGAUGACCGACAACCCUGGGCUCUCGGAGAUUCACCAGGACGCCUUUGUGGAAAACGCGGCCCUCCAGGUUCUGGAUGUGAGUCGGAACAACCUGACGGUCGUCAACAUCACGUCCCUGAUCGCACUGCCAGCCCUGCGCUCCGUGGGGCUCAGCGGGAACCCGUGGAGCUGCGAGUGCGACAACGAGGACCUGUGUCUGUGGGUCCACCUGGAGGGCUUCAAGUUCCAAGAUGAGGGCCAGACGGUGUGUGGCUCACCUGCUGACAUGCAGGGCCGUCGUCUGGGUGAGGUGGGCAUCCAGCUACGGACGUUAUGUCACCAGACUCUGGGCUCCUGGGACUACCUGUUCUUUGUCGUCAUCGGCUUUGUCAUCUUUGCGGCUGGCACCGUGUCGGCCUGGGUGAUGGGCGUCAUUAUGGUGCUCUACGAGCGCUACAUCAAGAAGAAAGACGAACAGCUCGAUGUGGACGACGAGGAAGACUCUAGUGAGACUGGUCGUCCCUCGCGAGCCAGGAGUGACCAUGGCAACGGGAAUUUGAAAGCGUCACAAACUGUCUAAA